CCAGAGGGCGGCGAACAAAAAGCUCUUGAAAACUGGGCUUUCUUGUUCACAAGCUCUUCUUGUGUCUGUUGCGUAAAUAACUUGCUGUUUGCUUCAAACAGUUUUGGAGCUGGAGUCGAAGGAGCAGGCGCUAGUAACUUUUUCACUUGGGUGUUGCAAGCUAAAUAAAGAGACUGGUGAGAGCCAAGACACUGGGAUAUAAUACAUCCUGUAAAUGCUGUCUGUGAUAGUGAAGACACUGCAGAUAUGCUUCUUCAGGGUGUUAUCACCAUUCCUGAGAAGUCAGUGAGGAAAGCUAAAUUGUAAGACAUGGAUGCUAAAGGAUUACAAGGAGAAGAUAAAAUGAAGAUGCUUGUAAUUUUACUGGCAUAUUUGCUAAGUAGAGUAAUUUGUGAGACUGGAGAUUGCAGAGAGCAAGAAUUUAGGGACCACAGUGGAAACUGUGUCCUCUGCAAGCAGUGUGGACCUGGAAUGGAGCUCUCAAAGGAAUGCGGCUUUGGAUAUGGGGAGGAUGCACAGUGCAUGACAUGCAGGCCAAACAGAUUCAAGGAAGACUGGGGCUUUCAGAAGUGCAAGCCUUGUCUGGAUUGUGCAUUAGUUAACCGCUUUCAGAAGGCCAACUGUUCUGCCACCAGCAAUGCACUGUGUGGAGACUGUUUACCAGGGUUUUAUAGGAAGACUAAACUUGGAGGCUUUCAAGAUAUGGAGUGUGUCCCUUGUGGUGAUCCUCCUCCUCCCUAUGAACCUCACUGCACCACCAAAGUUAACCUUGUAAAGAUUCCAUCAACUGCUUCCAGUCCUCGAGACACUGCCCUAGCAGCUGUUAUAUGCAGUGCACUUGCAACAGUGCUCUUGGCUCUUCUUAUUCUUUGUGUUAUUUAUUGUAAGAGGCAGUUUAUGGAGAAGAAACCAAGCUGGUCUCUGAGAUCACAAGACAUUCACUGCAAUGGCUCCGAAUUGUCCUGUUUUGACAGACCACGACUUAAUGAAUAUAACCACAGAACUUGUUGCCAGUGCCAGAGAAGCACAUCACAGACAUGUGGACCGGUUCACUUGAUUCCAUCGCUGUGUUGUGAUGAAACCUGUAGCAUGGAGCACAGCGGUCACAGUUGUGCUUUCCACUCACAGACUACACUGAAUGAAAGAGCUUCUGAUUCCAUUGGAGAAAUGAUUCCUGCAUUUCUUGGUUCCCUUUCACGCUCUACCUGUGGAGACAUUUCAGAUGCUUGGCCUCUUAUGCAAAACCCAGCUUGUUGUGACAGUGUUUCUUUCUGUGGAUCGUAUUCAGAACUGGCUGCAGGAUCUGCAAAGCCCUGCACUCCUGAGACUGAAAAUCCAGCCACUGUCGAGCUGGAUAAUAAGCACGACCUAAGUGAAGUACUUAUUUCAGCUAAGUCUCUUGAAGGGAACAGUGCAAACUCCUUUGAAAUCCCCAAACGCAGAGCAUGCAUAGAAGGUUCAUCGCUUCAGAACCCAGUGGCUGCUGAAACCAAGCUGAAGACAAAGCCUAACGGGACAUCAGAUGAGUCUAUAGACUAAUAUACAGAGGAAGCCAAGCUAUUUCAUUCUGCAUUAAAGCUGAACACUUCCCUGAUGCUCCUCUGCUGUUCCUCAUCAAACAUAGUCUGUCUUCAACGUUGCAUGGUUUUGAAAUCAGCUGGAGCACCAACAGCAACCAAAAAAAGGCAUCAUUUCACACCUUCUGAGCAUCUGAGCCAUGACAGCUGUAAAGUGAAUCUUCAAGGAGUGUCCUGGGAGAACCAUGCAAAUGGAUUUAUUACCUUUGGCAUCUCUUUUAACAAAAAGAACUUUUUAUUCCCUCAGAUUCCCAAAAACUCCAUUGGAGUGAAUUAAAAAGUGUGAGUGUGUGUAUGCGUGUAUGUGUAUAUAUAUAUAUAUAUAUAUAUGUAAAAAGACAGCAAGAAAUAUAAACACUUGAGUGUGUUUGGGUGGGUAUCUUCUAUAUGACUACACUUGUUAGAAGGCGUGAGACAAGCCAAGUGUUCUGCUUGCAGAUUUAUGCUUGCAUUUGGAUUUCUUUUUGGCUGGUUCUAUUUUUAACUCUGUUUGCUGCUGUUGAAGGACAUAGAAACCCAAGCAUUUCUGUUUAUGCAGGGAUCAUCUAUAGAUCCUCUGAAGCUUUUAUUAUAUAUUCCAUUGUAGUCAGUAAGCUAGCUGGAGGAGGUGCAGAAUUUGCAUGUUACAAUAUCUAUGAUUGAAGUCCUCUCCAUGCAAUUAUGACCUUUGUGGGAGGGGGCAUUGUUUUGUUGGGUGUAACAGGAGAUUAGUUUUAAAUUAGAUGGAAGUCAGACACAUAGAUAGGAACGUUGUCCUUAAUUGGUAGUCUCAGUAUUGGAAUACAGCAUACAGCACUUGUUCUUACAGCAUGUAAUUGUUGCAUAUUGAAAUAAAUGUAAUCAGCUGUCACAUCAAAAACUAUAGCAGGUGUGCCAUGCAGACUGUCACACAGCAAGACUAUUACUAAUACAUUUUAGUAAUGCAUUCUUUAUAAGGAUCAAGCUGCAUGCUGACCUGGUUCAUCCAUGUAGUGGGUCUUUUCAUUUAAGUCACUCUGCCUUUCUGGCUGUGGUAUUGUCUAAAUUAAUUUUUCCACACAAAAUACAAAUUAGUUCAUAACAUUUUUCCAGCAAAGUGCCUCUGAACUAAAUCCUUAGAGCUGCCUGUGUGCCUAGGAAAGUAUCAACUCUUUGCCUUCAUUGCUGUUAAGAGGUUUUUUUAACUUCAGUUAAUUCUACCACAUCCCAUAAUAGCAUUUGUUCUGCAGGCAGUUUUAUCCCUAGAAUAGUUUUCACUUCUGUGAGUAAUCCCAGUAACCACUGCUGAUUCAUUACACUCCACAGGCUCUAACUUGUCGAUGAUGGACUCUAGCAAUUAUUCUUUAAAUUACCCAGUGUGCCUUGACAAAAGCAAAGCAAUCAGAGCAGCAGAUGGCAAUUUGCAAUAAGCGUUACUCAUCCUUCCACACAUGGUUUGUGUGGCAAUGGAAAUGUUGAGGCAGCGCUCACAGUCUGUCAUGGAAAAAGGGCUUUUGCUUUGAAGCGCCCAGUGGAAGGUUGCACCUGCACAAGAACAGCUAAAGCCAGUACAGGCAGCCAAGCCAGUAAGACACUUGAAACCAGUGAGAUUAUCCAUGUGUGCAGAAAUCAUGAAUAACAGUUAGCAAAUUCAAACCAAAGCAAGUGAAAGAAAUAGUAGAAGUGAUUUUAUUCUCCUUUUUGUUUCUAUGCAGUGAAUAACCACCAUUUGGUCACUGGCAGAAUAAUGCACAGUUACACAGGGAGUCCAAUUACUCACUAAAGUGCUUUGAGGUAUGUAUUCAGUGAUAGCUUAGAGUAAUGCCCUUGGAUAGUUUCAUACAUUUAAGAGGUGACAAAAUGUUGUUACUCACCACACAUGUAUGAGAAGAUGUGUGCUUUGUUGUAUAUACUUUGUAAAUAAAAAAACCCUCCAGUGUUCAUUUCAGUAUAUGGUAUGAUAUUUUUAGACCAUACAGGGAUUUUUAGCCUUCUAAAGAACUGUUAGUAAUGAAAAGUUAUGUUCAGGAGUUUUGCAUGCAUCUGCCACAGUAAGUAUGUUUUCCCAUUGGAAGUUCCACUUUGGACCAUUGGUUUUGUCUGGCAGCUCUAGAGAAAACGACUCCUUUCUUUAAAUGUGUGACAGAGAGCUUGAGAGCAAAUUGGGAGGAGAACAUUUUAAGAGUGCAUUUUAAAUAUCUGUGUAUAUUGUGUAUAUAUGUUGUUUUUUUCCCUUAAUUUAACCAAUUUGGUCUUUUUUAUAUUGCCUGUGGCAAGCAAUGUUGUACAUGCCAAUAGAAAACAUACGCUACUACUGUCUUUAGACUGCCCAUGUAUCAUGCCUAGGGACUGGUAGUGCCGUUUUAAAGACUCCUUUAAGGGAAUGUAAAGUAAUAUCUUGUACAAAUUGUUUUGUAAUACUUUUUCUACUUGUGAAUAAAAUGUUCCUUGAACCACUC